AAAAAUAGAAUUCUGGAAAGGAAGUACCGUAGAAGGUGGGCUGGUUGGGGUUAGUGCUAAUUCUGCUGCUCACGGUCCAAAAGCACCGUUUAAAACUCGAUAGUAAUAGUGAUAAAGAAAUUCAAUUGUUCACGAUGUCGGAGAGAAAGUCCUCCAGAAACCGAGAUGAGCGGCGGGAGUCCGGACGGCGCAAGGAGGCCAAAGACGAGGCGGAGAAGCUGAUGGUGCACAGCAAAAAGAUGAACCAGGAGGUGCAGGAGAGAAAGCACGUAGACACGUUCUAUGAAAAACCUCCUCCAGGACUGAUUAAGGAGGAAGAGGACAAGCCCGAGGACUGCAUUCCCAACGAGCCGGGGAAUGAGGGUGCCAGGGACUUCCUGGCCCACGCGCCCACCAAAGGGCUCUGGAUGCCCCUGGGGAGGGAGGUCAAGGUGAUGCAGUGCUGGCGUUGUAAAAACUACGGGCACCGAACAGGAGACAAAGAGUGUCCCUUCUUCAUCAAAGGAAACCAGAAGCUGGAGCAGUUCAGAGUUGCACACGAAGACCCCAUGUACGACCUGAUCAGGGAGAACAAGCGCAACGAAAAAGAAACAAGGAUUCAGCAGCUACGCCAGCUGCUGGAGGACACCACGUCCGACUCGGACAGCAGCAGCGGCUCCUCGGACCACGGCCGGCACAAAAAGAGGAAGAGGAAGGAAAAGAAGAAGAAAGAGAAAAAAAAGAAGAAGAAGAAGCACAAGUCCUCCAAGGAGGGCGGGAGCUCUGCGUCAGACUGAUGACCGGGCUGUGGGUCGCCCCGGCGCGGCUCUCUCGAGGCCCCUCGUCCAGCUCUCCAGCUCCUCUCUGCCCAUCCCUCUACUCUGAUCGUCACUCAGUAGCACACGGAAGACGAGCCCCCAGCUCAGCGAGGAUGGGGGGGACAGCACGGCGGAGUCCUGAAUCUGUACGGAAUGGCUGCCUGGGAACAUCAGAGGCUCGCGGGAGAAGCGGACGCGAUUGUCCGCGGCUGAAAUGCGAAAGCUCAUGCACUGCAUGUAGUGCAGCCGUCAUCUUUCUGCAUAUUAUUUGUAUGAGUUCUGUUUUCUCUAGGCAAUGUUUGGAAAUGUCACUUUAUAUUAUCUACCGAGUUAAGGUGUGUUUCGUCUGAGUUGUGAAUGGUAGCAUCAGCCGACCUCCCUAGCAUACGUUAGAGAUUGCGUAAUUGCACGUAAAUAAAUGAAAUACACACUGACCAAGGAUUCCUGGUCUGGGUUUGCUGAUUCAUGCAAAAAUAAAGCAUAAUUCAAAUCUGA